AUGUGUUGUUGUAAUUUUAUCUUAAAGAACUUGUAACUAAGCCUAAAAGAAAUUGCAAUUUAAGAGAUAAAAUUAAUUUUAAUAAUCAAAGAUCCGAACUUUUAAUGGAAAUAUAUUAUGCUUUGGAGGAAGUUUAUUGUAGAGUAUAAGAUAAAAUAAUUUGAAGUUAAAUAAAAUUAACAAAAGAUAUUAGGAUUAGUAAAAGGGCAAAUAAGCAAUUAAUACAUUGAUUUAAUUUAUAAGUUUUAUCUUCACAAAGAGUUUUGGCUUGCUUUAGAAUAAACCUUUAAUGGAAUGUUGAACUAGAGAAUAUUUAGAAAUAAUUUCAUUAAGUUAGCUAAAUGUUUGUAACAGAUUUAAAUGGUAAGCGUGAUGAUGAACAAGUUGAUAAAAUAGUAAAUUUAUUUCAUAUUUUAGAGUUUCAUUUAAAAUCUAUAAAAAUACCACUUAAGGAAGGAUAAAAACAUUCAUUAAAGUUUCAUUUAGAAUAGUGUUUAAAUUAUUGUUGGAAUUAAACAUAAAAUAGAUAAUUUAAUUUAAAGCAGCUUAAAAUUGUCUUAACUAUUUGAGGAAAGAAAUUAGUUAUUUUAUAAUUUUAAUAAAUGUAGAAGUAGUGAGUUUACUAAAUUUCUUACUUAAUAAUAAAUUUAAUUAUGAUAAAAUUUAGAUAUCAUUUAUCAAAUGUUUUGGCAUUUUAGAGAUGUGAAUCCUUUCUAUUUCAAAAUUAUUCAAAAUAUAGUUUUUCAAAUGUUGAAAAAGAAAACAAAAAUGAAAAAUAACAAACAGAUUUAGAAAAAUAGAACAUGUCAAAAAAAUAAGGUUAUGUUGCAAAGAUGAGAGAAGAAAUAAUCACGAAUGCAAUAGUAGCAUCUUUAAAAGAGAAAGGUAAGUUGAAAGCAAAGGAGGAAUAUCGUGCUGCAAUAUUAUUUGAAGAAAUUCUUAAUAGAGAAGUUGAUAUCAAGUUAUAUGAUACUAAGGGUAGAGCUUUUAUAAUUUCUUCGUUAUGGAAUUUCUUUUGGGUUGUUUUUGCUAGUUUGGGUUUGUAUACAAUAUUUAGAGAUGAUUAAUGGUAUAAAAAAAAAAUGGAAAUUUUUAAAGUUGCUAUUACCACAGGAUUUAUACUUACUAGAUUUAUUAAACAAAGGCAAUUUUAUAAAUAUUAAGUUGAAAAAGUAGUUUAUAACACAAAAUCUAAAUAAUUUACUAUCACUAAAAGAAAUAUUAUUGGAAUUAAAUAGGAUUAAGUUCUACAGAAGGAUCAUAUUCUAUAUACAUCUGACAAAGACUUGAAUUUCAAGAAAAUUAAUUACAUAAAUAUCAAUACUUUAGAAUGCUAUGGUAUAGGGUUCGAUUAUGCUUGGCUGAAGAAAGAUUUAUUUUCUCAUUUGAUUUAGUAAAAUAUAUCUUGA